UUGUCUUCAAGUACCGUCUUUGUCUUCAAGUACCGUCCUUGUUUUCAAGUACCGUCUUUGUCUUCAAGUACCGUCCUUGUUUUCAAGUACCGUCUUUGUCUUCAAGUACCGUCCUUGUUUUCAAGUACCGUCUUUGUCUUCAAGUACCGUCCUUGUUUUCUAUUUCCAGAGUGACCUGUUCCAUUAUGUGUAGAGUGAGAGAGAAUACAAGGCGGACAUGUACUACACUGACGUUCCUGUGUAUGAUAUGGCUGGCUUCCUGUCUCACUCACACUCCACAGCAGAACCUCAAGGAUGACUUCAGUGCCUCCUCCUCCUACAGGAACGUACUUCCUGCCAACAUCUCCUGCGGGAUGAUCAAAGAUAUUGUGUUGACCUCUGCGAUUCUCUGUGACCUCAUCGAUGCUUUCAAAAAUAACUACACGCUGUACGAGUAUGGGGAGUCCUGGGAUACAAUGGAUACCAUCUUCAAUGAGAGCAGAGACAACACUUCGUUACAGAUCUGUGACGAGGAGGGUACACACUGCAUGUAUGUGUUGCCCAACCUGCCCCCUGAGUCUGCACAGCAGCAGUCAACACAACAGCAGUCUGCAAAUCAGCUAGUGAUAGUUCUUGAUUUCGUCCAGCGGUACACUGUAGCCAUGGAGAGCCUCCUCUUAGACCAGACACUACACGAGAAUGUCUUCGCUAGCCAGAUGGCAGAGAUCCACGCCAAUCUGGAGGGCCUGAUUGACUCCCUCAUAAACAGCGUGAUUAUGUGCGACUUACAGCCCUACGAGGCAAUCGUCGCGAACCUGUCAGUGAGGAUGUACAAGGGUGGGGACACAGUGAUCCGUGCUGAGCGAGGCUUCAGAACUCUGCGACAAGUACGCCGAGGUCUUCAGUAUAUUAUUGACAUCUUUGGGACGCGGUCUUUGAUCCCCAAGUCAUAAUUUCUUGCGUGUAAUGUAUUUAAUUCCUCUAGUCUCUAAAUUCAUGAGGCUUCAAACAAACCUUAUGAACUGCUGUCCACAAUAAGUGUAUGAACAAUCUUGUUUUCGGUUCCCCGAAUCUUCCUCCAACGGGAUUGAAACCUUUCUUUCAGACUACUGUAUUCAGUUAAAGGAUUUAAUCCCACAUGUCUAGUUCCUUAAGUCUUACUCCAGUAGACUUAAGAUAUUUACUAAAUUAACAGUUUACAAUACUGACAAGUCAUACCUUUGAUAUACCUUUGAUGAGU